CGCAGUCUAUUCUAUAAAUUAUAAUAACCUUCCAACAACCAGAGUAGAUAAAAUCAUAAAACAAUAUACAAAGACUUCGCUUAUAAAGUCAAAAGGGCACGUGGAAAUUUGAGCUUAAGUAUCUACAUAAAGGAUCUGAUGAUGGGUCCGAAUCUGAAAUUCAACAAAAAGCUAUUUCAUUCAGAAAUGGGAAGCUGCAAACUCACCAGGUUAAUGCUGCAGAUGAUAAAGCAAGGAGGAUCCCGAAGCAUUGGUGAGAUCAAAGCUACCCCAAAUGCAAGGUCAAGGCAUCUCCAAAGAAAAACCUGCUUAAACUGCGGAAUUAGAGCUUCCCACAAAGACGAGUCGAGAACAGAGCUACCGGGUGAAGUAUCCAUCUACAAGGUCCCAGCUGAAUUCUGCCGGGUGGAGCCAGACGCUUAUAAUCCUCGUAUAAUCUCAAUUGGCCCGUACCAUCAUGGAGCGCAGCGAUUGCAAGAUAUGGAAGCGGUCAAAUGGCAGUUCUUUAAUCGCCUCUUUGAUCCCCGGCAGCCAAAUGCUGCUAGCUUAACACAAGUAUAUGAAGCAGUGGAGGAAUAUGAGGAGCAAGCCAGGUCAUACUAUUCGGAAACUAUAGGAAUUUGCAAGGAAAAAUUCGUUGAAAUGAUGAUCCUUGACGGCUGCUUCAUCCUCCAGCUCUUCAGACAACUGAAGCAGCCAGACUCCAAAGAUAAUCUUGACAUUAUUAAGAGAUGGAUGAUACCAUUUCUCCGGCGUGACCUGAUCAUGCUCGAAAAUCAGCUGCCACUAGUAGUUUUGGAGAAACUGCACAACUUAACAAAAAGCAAGACUACUGCAGACGAGGAUGAGUCACUCAAGGAGCUUGCACUUCACUUCUUUAGGCCUCUGAUAGAGCCUAGAAAUGAAAAACCUAUUGAACAAAGCAUUCUAAGGUACUGGCUCGAUCACUUCAGCUCAAGCAUCCUCCACACAAUCGACUCCUUUAAGUCCCCAAUACAAUCCGUGCAACUUAAUACGGUGAGUACUUCAAAUUACAGAGAGAAUCCUCCAAGGCACUUGCUGGAUCUAUUCCGAUCAGAUCUGCUCCCAACAGUCAAGGAGCGAAAGAGGGAACCCCACAUUAUGCGCUCCGCAAAAGAGUUGAAGGAAGCUUUUAUAAAAAUCAGGAAAAGAGACAAUUGCAAGCCGCUGGACUUGAGCUUCAAGGCAAGGAGAUUCAGGCGACACGUACUCGAAAUUCCCCCACUGCACAUCAAUGACUACAAUGGUACUCUUUACCGGAACCUUGUGGCCUUUGAGCAGUGUCAUAGCAGUUGCAAACCGGACGUCACCAGGUACUUGUUCUUUCUAGAUGGACUGGUUGACUCUGAGAAAGAUGUAGAGCUUCUCCACUAUGCAGGCGUUGUGCAGCAUUCUUUGGGUAACAAGAAGCAGGUCGCUGCACUCAUCUGUAAACUCUGCAAGGACGUAGCCCCGGAUGUUCAGGAAUCUUAUUUACACCAAGUGGUUGGAGGCAUUCACACUCACUGUAGCAAAUUCCGAUACAGAUUGAUAGCAAGCCUAGUUCACAACUAUUUUUCCAACAUAUGGGUGGGAGCAUCAACCGUGUUCGCCAUCCUUCUUAUUUAUCUUACUGUGGUUCAGACAUCAUGUGGAAUUGCUGAUACUAAAAUGUUGGAGCAUGGCUUCUGGUCUUCAUUGAAAAAGUCUUUCCUUGCCCCGGUUGCAGCGUUUAAAGAAAACUUGGAGACCGAUCAUCCAGAUGGCUUCUGGGCAUCACUGCGAAAGAAUAAACUCUCGGACGAUUCCUUUCUAUUUGUACAAAUUUUCUUGGAAGACCUGCAUCAACAUGGCUUCUCGACAGCCCUGAGAAAAUCCUUCGCAUUUCAUUAAUUUAAGAGGGAGCCAUCCAUAAACGAGUCAAUGGAUAGCUAUGAGGCGCUUCAUGGGAAGUAUCUGGAGAAAUUUGAUUUCUGAGCAAGGAGGGAAUUAUUUCAAUAGAAAGCAGAGUGAGCAAGCGACAACAGGAUUCUGUUUUAUAAAUCGAGAUUCAUGUUUUGCCUGAUUGCCUAUGUAUAUGCAGAACCACAAGAGAUUUCUUCCUCUCUUGAUAAUUUUUCCCGUUCUAACGUGACCAUUCUAGUCGAGUGGCUCAAUUUGCUUUUUCGAGACAAUUUGCUAAUACAACAUCAAAUUAGUGUACACAUUAUUUCAAAAACUGGUUAUGAUUGAUUGCUGUUCUCGUACACACCUCUCAUAUCAGGCCUACAUCCUUUGCCAAGUAGCUUUUCUUUAAAUGAGUAAAAUAAAAUUAUAUCAAAAUAAUUUAUUCAUAAAAGACGUUCAAAGUUCAUCAUCUUGGUUAAAGAGAAUCAGAGAUACUCUGCAAUUCACGU